UUGGACAAACCGUGCUUUUACCAAUAGCGCUUCACACAACGCAUGAAGUUCCCUGUGUAUAUCCUGCACGUGCUGAAAGCAUACUGGCAGUUUUUUGGCACAAAAGCUUUCAUUCUGAGGAAUUCGUGAAAGAUGGAGGAGCAGUAGCAUGGUGGUUCUAUGGGGAGACUGGGAGCUUACAGGGAUAUAACAUAACAGAUGAUUUUGCAAUGGUAAUGCGCAAUGUCAACAUUACUGAUAGAGGCCUAUACAGAUGUCAGGUUACUCCACCUGGAAACGUUGAUGAUUAUAUACAUGAUGUCAACAUUGAAGUUUAUGCCUUACCCAAAAGCUCUCCUACGAUUAAAUAUGAUCAUCAGGCCAAUGGAUCUCAUAUAAGCUGUUCAAUAAAAAACAUAUACCCGAGUGUCUCUCCAAAGUUAAAUGUGCUCAGUGGUAGCACUACAUCAGAUGAACGGUCAGUCGUCAACAAAGAUGGAACGUUCAACAUGACUACCAGUACCUACAUCCCAUGCAGUGAGGAAGAUUUGGCCGUAGAAUGUUCAUAUUCUCACUUAAAUUACGACAGUUCGUCUUUCUUGCGUACCCCCAGUUGUUUAUUUAACGUUUCAGUUACCGACUUGAAUAAUAGAGAUCCUACCAGGGUGCGCUGGAUAGGAUGGACGACGCUCGGCGUAGAUUGCGUUAUCUUUAUAGCCAUCAUGGCCAUAGCGUUUGGAGUGCAUAACGGUCUUUUGAGUUUCAGUUGUCUCCAUCACACCCAGGAGGGUGUUCGUCAAAAAGAUGUGCAACGCAUGAACAAAAUGCCCCACUAUGCAGCACUCAUGGGGAUAGCCCAUGUAAUCCUUUUCAUCUCGGCAGUCAUCUUUCUGGCAAUAAUCUAAAAAAUAGCUUAAAGGACCCAUGACAUCGAAAUACAAGUGUAUUCCUGUUGAUGUGCAGU